CUGCGCGCAAACAACUUCCGUCAUUAACCGCGACAAUUUAUAGCCUAUAUGUUUGUUUACGCCAUUACACCAGCCUUCAUUUUUAAUAUAUAAAAUACCAGGUUCGAGACGGUAACCAUACUGUAACAUCAUAAUUUAUUAUAUGAAAUUAGGAUUUCAUUCAUUAACAAUAACAUAUCAUUGACUCCGAAUGUAGGGCCGUAACCAUGGAAACAAAAACGUCAGGUUUAGAUGCGUUGUAACCUAAUAACAUAAAGUUUAAACGUGAUCUUUCAAACUGAAAAGUCAAAUUUAUCACAUUAUCAAUGGAAGAGAUUAAUGGACAGGAUAUACGUAUUAUUCUUAACAUUAAACAAGGACGUGGGUUUGGCCAUUUGAGUUUGGCACCACAUGAUGGAAUUUUUAUCACAGCCACCAUAAAUGAGAGCAUUUUGAAUACUGACGUGUUUCCCAUAAUUCAGGAACCAGUCUUUGAUUUAGAAUUGAUCUGGGAUUCGAGUAAGAAAGUUCUAAGACGGUUGCGUACCAACAGAUCUGCAAUCAAGGUUCAGUGUUUCUCAGUAGAUCACAUGCACAAAGAAAGGAAUUGUAUUGGAAAUCUUAAGAUGGCUUUGCGGCAAGCACAUUUUGUUCCAUCUGGAAAAUCUUAUGCUGAUAUUGGGGAGUCUUGGUUGGAAUGGCAAAAAUUAAAUGGGACAAAGCCACCUUGUCCAGAAAUGCUUUGUAGCCUUAGGGUUGAAGGAAGACCAGAAAUUCAAGAAAAGGGCAUCCAACUGCCUUCCAAGGAUACCAAUACUAAGAACAAUCAGCAGAAGCAACCAGUAACUCAGCCUCUGAAUGGCAGUCUUGUUACUCAGUUGCAUUCUGACAAAGGUAUUAUCCAAAUUGGUUCUGAUGAAACAGCUACUGAUAAUUUUGAACUAACCAUCUAUGUGGGACAGGCAGUGAAUUUGGACCUGCUUUUCCCAGGAAACUACAAUGCAGAAAAUAGGCACAUAAGUUUUCAUUACAGCAUUAUGGAUUAUGCUGUUGACACAGCAAAGAUAGCUUUGACUGACAUAUACAAACCUGUACCUUUUAAUAAGAAGAUGGUAGUAUCACUGCGUUCAUCACUGGAGAACUUGCAUCAGUACUUUUCAACUUCAUCAAAAUUAAGAAUGAAACUUAUAACUGGACAAGAUGAAAUUGGAUUCACAGAAAUAUCCAUGCAAGGAUUGAUACCAACAACAAGCAAGUCUGCCUUUUGUACUCUCAAUGAUGAAAGUACUGUUACAAUUGAGAGUCCUUGUUUCCUUAAAGUAUCUAAUACUGGUGAAGUUCCAACAUCACCAAGUGGUCUACAACCCUAUAUACAUCUCAGAAUUAGGCUUAAAUACCAAAAUAUAGAAUGGAAUGACACUGACCAGGGUGAGGAUCAAUUCUGGGAUAUGGAGAAUGAACCAGCAAGUUUACUUCGUAGUUCUAGCUAUACAGUUCUUGAUGCACCAAUACAGUCAGUGUUCGAAGUGCCAAAUGUUGAUAUACAAGACAGUGGUCAUGUAAGUGGUCCAAUAAUACAGCAUGGUGUCAGUAUCAAAACAAAUGAUAUUUCUGAGCAAAACACAAAUAAGAAUGUGCAUAGAAGUGGUUACACGCAAAAGACAGGAGAUGAAGUGGAGGCAGGGAAUAUGGCACAACUUUUGAAAGAAAUGAAAGUGCCUUCAGGACAGAGUCAGUUAUUUGUAUCUGCUGGUCAGCUCAGAUCACCAUGUGCACAGAUCAUUAGUAAAGAUUACCGUUCACAACGUAUAUUCCAUGAUAGUUCCACUCAGGCCCAAGAACAAACUGAUGAACCGUACCAUAUAUACAGUUUGGACAUCACAAUACAGACUGUUACCUUCCAACACCUUCCACCACGAAAGAGAUGCUACUUCAAAUUUCAUCAUCCCAAAGCACAGACAAUCAGCAAUUCUAAUCCAGAGAUCAUAAUAAAAGAAACAAACAAGAGCAUUGGACUUCAAGAUGUCAAAUGUAAAUUAACGUUUCUGUCAACACCUGGUGAAAUAAACCAUGUGUUGCUAGCAUGGCCUCCCAAGAUUAGUGUCUGUGACACAGUUCAAGGCCUUAGCACGCAACUAGCUGUUGGUACACUUAAUAUAGGUCCUGCCCUGGUGGAAAAUUUGAAGCUGUGCCACUAUAACAUACCUCUGAUCGAUCUGAGAACAGUGGAGGAAGUUGGCACCCUUGCUAUUGGAUUCACUCUAGAUGAUCUUGGACCCAAGCAGAUUGAAGACAAGACUGUGCUAAAUCUGGGAUCUGCUACACUUGAUGACCAUUUUGUAUUCAAAAUUGUAGAGGAGCUAGAAGACUGGAAGGAGAGACAACAAGAACUCUUUAAAGCAGAGUUGAAGAAGAAGGAGGAAGCUCAUAUCGCUGCAUUGAAUGAAGAAUGGAAGAGACGACAUAUGGAAAUUGAGAAAAAUUUCAACCACAAAGUGGAAGAGUGUCAAAGGCUAGCACAAUCUCUCAAUGAUACUACUGAUGAACUCCGUCUCAAAACUUGUAAAUGUGCUCAAAGAGAACAGGAAUUAAACAGGUAUAAGGAGAUAAUAGAACGAAAAUAUAAAUUGAAGGUUUUGGAGAUGAAGGAUGCAAUUAAAAGAAUAGAAGGUGACUUCUCCCUCAAGUGUGUUAAACUGGAGAGGGAUAAAGAAGAUCUGGAAGACAAGAUUUUGAGAACAGAGAAAGAAAAUGCUGAACUGAAAGAAACAAUAACAGCGCAGGAACAUAGUCUGAAUAAAAUUAAGAAAGCCUCCCUGAAGAAGGACCAAACUGACUUAUCCUUAUUACAGGAGCUGAAAUCAACAGAAGAGAAAUUAGAAUCAGCAUUGAAAGCCAAGUCAUUUUUCAAAGAGCAAUGGGCUAGAGCAUUUCGAGAAAUUAAUCAUUUAAAAAAUGAACAUCAACAAGACAUUCAGAUCCAGAUUAAACACAACAAAGAAGAACUAAGAGAUUUGGGUUUGCAGCAUUUACUAAGUAAAGGUGAGCAGGGGAUGAAAGAAGACCAGUCAAUGAUCCAGCAACUACGAAGUGAGAUGAACACAAUCCACACAAACUGUGGUCUGGGAGACACCAGCCAGCAAAACAAUGAAAUCGUUAAUCCACACGUAGCACCUCAGCAUCAUCUUCCUAACAGUGCUCGAAAGCAUUUGCUGCAUUCAGAAAAGCCCAAUUCAGAUGCCAGUUUAAACAGACCCACCUCCUUACAGCAGAAGAUGCAUGAACCACAGAUCAGUGCCCUUGUAGAAGAGCGAGACACGCUCAUGAAUACAGGCACCUACUCACUUCAGGAUCCAGUAAUCGUCAAGCUGAAUGAGGAAAUAAGGACUCUCCUUCUGAAUUAUAAUGAAGUAACGGAGGAACAAAAACUGACACUCUUGUAACUCAAACUAGAAGACUUGUUGACUGGAGGGAUGGUGCAUUUAUGUAUAUAAAAUGAUUGAAUAUUUUUAUAUGAUUUUGUGAGAAGAAAACCUUUCUGUAUCCCCUAAGUACAAUAUUCUAAAAUCAUGUAAUCUAUUUAUACAAAUAAAAUCUGUGUGAUGUGAGAAA